AUGCACACCGUCGCAGCCAAGCGGGCGUUCCGCGCGGCCCAGGACGCGAGGGCCGACGGGCUCGUCGAUGGAGGCGGCAGCAAGAAGGCCUUCCGCCAGGCUAGGAAGUCGGGCUUCCUCUCGCUGCCAGCGCGAGGCCUUGCGACCUUUCCCGACGAAGCCUGCCACCUGCAGGACUCGAUGGAUCCGGACGAGAAGGUCUGGGAGUGCGUCGACUUGGUCAAGAUCGACUUGAGCCACAACGAGAUUACUGCGGUGCCCCACAGUAUUGCGCUCGUGACCGGCCUCCUCUGGCUCAAGCUGUGCCAGAACAAGCUCACGUCGCUCCCGCCCGAGCUUUUUUCGCUCUCGACACUGGCGUUCUUGGACGUGAGCAACAACGCGCUCAGCGGCGGCUUCACCGAGAAGCUCGGACAGCUCACGCAGCUCAAGGAAAUCAUUCUGUCGGGCAACAAGCUCACGACGCUGCCCGACUCGAUCGAACAGCUCCAGGCCCUCGAGGUGCUGCGGGUGGAUGACAAUCUCUUGCGAGCUCUCCCGACCACACUCGGCGGACUCCAAAAACUGACUGUGCUCACGGCGCCAGGCAACCAACUCGAGUCGGUCCCGGAGUCGAUGAGCCAGCUCCGCGCACUGGCCAACUUGGAUCUGAGCAAAAACAAGCUCUCGUCGCUCCAGGGCUGCCUCCAGCAGACGCGCAGUCUGAAAUUUCUAGACCUGCGCCAGAACCGUCUGGUGCGCUUCCCAGAGCUGCCGCUCGAAGCAUGCAGCGUGGACCAGCUCUUCUUGGGGUUCAACCUGCUCGAAUCGAUUGACGAAACGUCGCUCGUGCGCGCUCAGCACCACUUGACGGUGCUCGAUUUGCGCGAUAACAAGCUCACGGCCGUGCCCGAUGGUCUCGCGCAGCUCUACCGCCUCAAAACACUGGAUCUGAGCAACAACGACCUCUCGGACCUGCCUCCUGGUCUGGGGUAUCUCAAAGGCCUCAACCACAUCCUCGUCGAUGGCAACUCGAUGCGGGCCAUUCGGCGCUCGGUCUUAUCGGCAGGCUGCGAAGCCCUCAAGAAAUACCUUCGCACCCGCGGCAAGCCGCCCGUCGGUGUCGACGCGAUGGACGAAGAGACGGACGAGUUCACGCUGCAGGCACCGAGUGCGUCAGGUGUCGACAACCACGUCUUUAUGGAAGCGGCUGCGUCUGGAAGUCUCGACUUGACGUCGCAGCGAUUGAGCGCUGUGCCGCAAGAAGUGUGGAGUUUUGAGCCACUCACGUCGAGUCUCACAUCGCUCACACUGUCGAAGACAGGCCUCUGCGCUCUUCCCGACGAACUUGGCCUCUGUUUGCAGAUAACGACGCUCGUCGCGGAGGACUGCCGGCUCGAAGCGCUGCCAACGAGUGUGUUGGGGCUCCCCCACCUGGUGUACCUCCGUUUGCGCAAGAAUUCGCUGACCGAGCACACAUUCGCUGGUGCCUUCCACGCGCGCAUGAAGCUCAAGGAGCUGGACGUUCGCAAUAACGCGCUCAGUAUGCUUCCAGCCAACUUACACCAACUGUCGAGCUUGAACACGUUGCUGCUGUCGUUCAACCGUCUCUCGACGCUCGCAGGCAUGCCGUGGCGUCUCAUGAAGGCGCUCUCGAUCGUCAGCGCCUCCGACAACAAGCUGACGGAUCUGGGCACAAUCUUCGAAGCGCCGACGCUCUCGUCCUUGUCGGUUGAAAACAACAGCCUCCAAGCGAUCCCGGCCGAGCUCGGACUCUGCCCCAAGCUCAAGGCGCUGUACAUUAGCGGCAACCCCCAGCGCACCGUGCGCAUCGCGACAGUCAACAAGGGCACGGACGAAAUCAUGAGUUACCUCAAAAACAAGCUGCUGCCCGAAGAGAUUGCACAGAUUCUUGCGACGCGCGACUGCAACGCGCAAGGCGAUCCGCCACCGCCGUCGCCCGUGCACGACCACCUUCAACGCACUUCACCGCCCGCUGCAAGCCCAGCAGCGGUGACGCGGACGACGACGCCGCGGGAGCCCGAGGCGUCGCCGUACGACGGACCAAUCGCAGCCCUCGAGGCGCAGCUCGAAGACCCGGGGCUCUCGGCCGCCAAGCGCUAUGCGCUGAAGAAAGACUUGGCCAAAGCCCGCGCCGAGAAGCUCCGGUCGAGUCGCAAAUGA